AGGAACUGCCUCUCGGUCUCACAUUCUAACAGUUUUACACAAGCAGGAAUGCAUUUGUUGCAGAUGUGGACCUUUGUGAUGUUUGCAGUUUCCUCUGUUCUCAGUAGUAGGUGACAAUAAGCAUGGACAGGAUGGAUGUUGUAGAGACCAUUGCAGGGAUCCAGCUGCCAGGACACUUGCACACAGCACAAUCCCUGCAGUAUGCUCAGGACUUCAAGUUCACAGAAGGGGAUAUUGUGAUUGUCACAUACCCCAAAUCAGGCACCACCUGGAUGCAAGAGAUUCUGACUCUUAUUUACAGCAAAGGGGACCCAGAACUGGCCACAACCAUUCCAAACUGGGUACGCGCCCCCUGGUUAGAGCAUACAUACUUCAAAGAUACUCUAAGUGAAGGAGAGGGUCCUCGAAUCAUCACCACCCACCUCCCGAGUGAGGUGCUUUUCCCAUCACUGUUAAAUUCCAAGGCAAAAGUCAUUUACAUAGCAAGGAAUCCGAAAGAUGUAGCAGUUUCAUUCUUCUAUUUCCACAAAAUGGCCAAAUUCUUACAAGAUCCUGGUUCCUUCCCAGAAUUUUUGGAGCGGUUUCUCGAGGGAAAAGUUAAUUAUGGCUCUUGGUUCGAGCAUGUGAAGGGUUGGCACAAACAGCGCAGGAACCUGGACUUGUUCUACAUUACAUAUGAGGAAAUGCAAAAGGACUUGAGGCGAUCCAUAAAAAGGGUUUGCAGAUUUCUGGGCUGUCCCAUGUACUCUGCUGAGGUUGAUAAGGUGGAACAGCAUUGCAAGUUCUCUGUCAUGAGCCAGAAUGCUAUGGUGAAUUACACACUUAUUCCAUACAAUAUAAUGGAUCACAAUCAGAGCAAGUUCAUGAGGAAAGGUGUGGUGGGAGACUGGAUGCAGCAUUUUACACAAGAGCAGAAUUCACACUUUGAUAAAGUUUUUAAGGAGAAAAUGGCUGAUUGUGACAUGGAGUUCAUGUGGUUUUUGGAGGAAGCACCAACAUCUGAAAUCACUCUCAAACAAUAGAAUAUCCAAGAUGUGAACACAGUUUUCAAUAAUGGCCAUCUGAGAAAGUAUUGAGACAUCAGCAGGAUUGGUUCAUAUCUUCUACAAAUGAUUCCUCGGAUUACAGGAUUUCUUCAGAUCUGCCAUUACUGCAGACAUUAGGACAUUCAAGUAAAUAGAUUUUAUGUUUUAAAAGCUAUCUAUAAUAAGACGUUGUAUGGGGGAGGAAAGUGGCAGAGGUGGUGAAGAAGUGACCGAAAUUAGACACUUGAAGAGCAUUUAGAGAGACCGGAUUCAACCAUUCUAGAGCUCUAUCACUCAGACUAGGGGAGUAGAAAGUAUAAAAAAAAUUAAUGACAUGAAAAAUAUUUUGGUUAUUUAAAAAAAUAUGUUUUGAAUUUGUGCUGACUUAGGCCUAUAUUGCAAGUGGAGUGCCAAGAUUUUAGCUCUAUCGUGCAUUAACUUUGUAGACGCAAUCAAUAGCGAUUAUAUUUGAGCUCUCAUAUUAGUCAAAAGCUAUUUUUUAUUGCUCGAGAGAUAAUCUAGGGGGCACUAACAUCUGCAGGUCUGAUAGCGCGGGGUGCUAAAUCCCUCACAUAAUAGACUGCUGUGGGGGCAGUAAAUGUUAUGUCUGAUAUCGCUCGAACACUAAACCAAGGUAAUUUAGCUAAUCUAAAUGUGUGCAAGCAGUGAAGUUCUUCACGUAGUUGUGUGCGACUUCAUGUCUUUAAAGGGACAGUCUACACCAGAAUUUAUUGUUUUAAAAGAUAGAUAAUCCCUUUAUUACCCAUUUCCCAGUUUUGCAUAACCAACACAGUUAUAAUAAUAUACUUUUAACCUCUGUGAUUAUCUUGUAUCUAAGCCUCUGCAAACUGCCCUUUUUUUCAGUUCUUUUGACAGACUUGCAGUCUAGCCAAUCAGUGCCUGCUCACAGAUAACUUCUCGUGCACAAGCACAGUGUUAUCUAUAUGAAAUACGUGAACUAACACCCUCUAGUGGUGAAAAACUGUUAAAAUGCAAUCUGAAAGAGGUGCGCUUCAAGGUCUAAGAAAUUAGCAUAUGGACCUCCUACGUUAAGCUUUCAACUAAGAAUACCAAGAGAACAAAGUAAAAUUGGUGAUAAAAGUAAAUUGGAAAAUUGUUUAAAAAUACAUGCUCUAUCAGAAUCAUGAAAGUUUAUUUUGGCCUAGACUAUCCCUUUAAGUGCUACAUUUUACAGCUGUAUUUCGGAUUGUGCUUGAGCACAACACAACGUAACACUUAUAGUGCUCCCUGAGCUAUCCAUUUAAAGUGUAGGAUGCACUUAUAAAGUUUUACCCGUAUUAACUUCCUCUGGUUAAAAUAUUUAACCAGCCACUUGUUAUACCAGAUUGUGCGUUAUGUGUGAGGUUGAGCAAAAGAUUAUGCACCCUGUGAUAUUGAUUGCACUCCGCUUAUAACCUAGCCCUAGUGUGGUCAUAAAAAUUCAAAUAGUAGCAGCUAAUUUAUUUGCUAACCUGAUUAACUAUAAAUGUCCCAAUAUUAACUUAUAUUUUUACUUGUUACAUUAUUGUUCUGAUUCAGCUUUUAGUUAAAAGGAGAAACCAUAAUCUGAACAAAUUUAAGUUUUACUUAAAAGUGUGGCCGAUACAUGGAUGCAACUGCUCAGAAGUAGCAUAUUUUAAACAUUUAAAAAAUAUGGAGACUAUAGUAAGUUUUGAAUCUUUGCGGUCAGCUUCUAUGUGUAAAUUUCAUAUUAUGUCACCAACCAAUAAAAGGUAAAAUAAGAGAG